CUCUCGAGGAAGGAAAAUCCCCACCCCAACCCCCACCCCCCAAGGCCGCCACCACCAAACCAAGCAAUCCAAAGGCUAGGGUUUCCUGUCCUCCCUGCUGCUGGGUUCAAUCGGAGGGAGCUGGCCAUGGAGUCCCUGUUCGGCGGCUUGAGGAGGAGGAGGACGACGACGGCUGGCGGCGGCUUCGACUCGCUCAAGCGUCUGGGCCACAUCUCCCCCGCCGUGCAGUCCCACCUCAAGCACGUGUACCUCACCCUGUGCUCCGCGCUGGCCUUCUCCGCGCUCGGCGCCUACCUCCACAUCGUCCUCAACAUCGGCGGCACCCUCACCACCGUCGGAUGCCUGGCCGCCAUCGCCUUCCUCAUCUCCCUCCCCCCGUCCCAGGAUCAGGAGAGGAACCGCUUCGCCUUGCUCAUGUCCGCCGCGCUCCUACAGGGGGCCUCCGUGGGCCCGCUCGUCGAUCUGGUCCUUCACUUGGACCCGAGGAUCCUAGUCACGGCGUUCGUCGGAACCGCGAUUGCUUUUGGAUGCUUCUCGGCUGCCGCCAUCAUCGCCAAGCGCAGGGAGUACCUAUACCUCGGCGGCUUGCUCUCCUCUGCCCUCUCCAUUCUUCUCUGGCUGCAAUUUGCUGCUGCCAUCUUUGGCCACUACUACUUCACCUUUGAGCUCUACUUUGGCCUCCUGGUUUUCCUGGGAUAUAUGGUGUUUGACACCCAAGAGAUCAUCGAGAGGGCACACCAUGGGGACAUGGACUACAUCAAGCACGCACUCACUCUCUUCACCGACUUUGUAGCCGUUCUUGUUCGAGUCCUUGUCAUCAUGCUGAAGAAUGCCCAGGAGAAAUCCGAAGAGGAAAAGAAGAGGAAGAAGCGCUAUUGAAUGAAAAAACAAACUGUUUUGUUUGUCCUGAAUUUAUCUACUCUACUAUCUAGUGCUAGUAAAGACAGAAAGCUGGGAUCAGCUUGGGUAGUGUUCUGGCUGGCUACUCGGAUCAGCUUGUGUAGUGUUCUUGCUGGCUACUCGGUGUAAGUGAAUGCUUGUUUUGACUCUCGUGUUGAUUUGCUGAAAUUGCUGUAUCUUCAGUUCGGCCUA